CCGCAACAAGCUAACCCCUCCCAUAAAAUAAAUAAGGCCUAUGAAUUUUUCUUGUUAAAUCGAUUUAAUACACAAAGGGUUUUUCAAUUACUCAUUCCUAAAAUACAAGGAAGCAUGAAAAUGGAGAGCAAGAUAAUUUCCAGUGAAUACAUAGAGCCAUCUUCUCCGACGCCGGCACGCCUCAGGACCUACAACCUCUCGAUGCUCGACCAGAUCAUGGAUCCAGUUUCCAUCCCCAUUGUCCUCUUCUUCCCUCCUUGUUCGGACAAUACUUCCAAUGACUUACAUGUUUCCAAGACAUCGCAACAGCUGAAACGCUCGCUUUCCAUCAUUCUUACCCGCUUCUACCCUUUCGCCGGAAGAGCUGUCCCCGACAAGCAAUACAUCGACUGCAACGACGCCGGGGUUCAUUUCAUUGUCGCCCUAUUUCCAGGUCACCGGUUGUCUGAUCUUCUUAAAAAACCAGACAAGGAUCUGUCCGAUCAGCUCUUACCUAGAAAAGUCACCUGGGAUUCUGAAAUGGAUCCUGAAUGUAAGAUUCUGCAAAUCAAAGUCAGUUAUUUCGACUGCGGUAGCAUCUCUAUCGGCGCCAUCUUUUGGCACAAGGUAGGUGAUGCCGUAACAAUGGUGAAUUUCUUGAAGGCCUGGGGAAGUGCGAAUCGGGGAAGCAAAGAAGGAGUUUGUCCUAAUUAUAUCUCCCAAAGUCUAUUUCCACAGAAGGAGGAAUUGCUCGACACGAGGCGAUCAAUUUUGAAUGAGGGGAAAUGGAGAACUAAGCGCUACAUUUUCGAGUCAUCGAAGAUUAUGUCUCUACAGGGCAAAUCAGGCCUGGAAAACCCUACCAGGGUGGAGGCUGUCUCAGCAUUUCUCUGGAACUGUUUCAUGGCAGCAUCCUUAAAAAAUGGAAAAUCAGAUUCGGUCCUCUCGGUCCUUAUGGACUUGAGAAGGAGAGCCAAUCCGCCAUUUCCAUCGGAUUGUUUUGGGAACUUUGUAUUCUUUUCUGUGGCGGUCAGCAAGAACCAAAGCGUCGGAGAAUUUCAGGGCCUGGCGAGGAAAAUGAGGAGCUCCAUUAAAAGAGUGGAUGAUGAACAUAUUACGAGGAUGCAAGGAGAUGGAGGGCUUGUCGGGUACUACGAGAAUUUGCAGUCGGCAUUUUUGGAAUUCCCUGAGGGAGCUGAUCUGCUGUUCAUCUCGAGCUGGUGCGGGUUCGGAGUUUACGAGGUUGAUUUUGGAUGGGGGAAGCCUGUUUGGAUGACGACAUAUUUUCAUGAAGGGAGUGAUUCGGAGACGUCGAGGUACAUGAAUUUGGUUGGGUUAAUGGAGACGAGAAGUGGGCGUGGAAUAGAGGUUUUGGUGAGUGUUGGUGAGAAAUACGUUGAGGUCUUCGACGCCAUUGAAGAAGAGCUUCGGGACGUCGCCUGCGUCGAGCCAAGUCCACUACUGGAAAUUGGGCUGACUAUGAAUUGAUUAAAUGAAUAAUAACAUUGAUAGUAUUUUAAUAUUCGCAAUAAUCAUUAUAUUGAUCAAGGUGUUACUAAAGGAAUCAAGAGUGCCUUUGGCUAUCGAUUUAGUUUUUGAGUUAGGAGUCAAGUGAAA